CCGAGAUCCAAGCAAUGGCCUCCGCGGUGAUCGCUCCGAAGCUCCUUGUGCACACUGCGUCGUCGGCCAGCGCCAAGACCUUCGUCUUCCACGACGAAGACCAUACCCUCGGCAACGCUGUCCGCUACAUGCUCAUGCGCAACCCGGACGUCGACUUCGCCGGCUACACGAUCCCGCAUCCGUCCGAGCCCAAGAUGCACGUCCGCAUCCAGACACAGUCGGGCAAGUCGGCCAACCAGGCCAUGCGCGCGGCCUUGACCGACCUCAAGGCCAUUGGUUCGCAUGUCGACAAGACGUUCGCGAAGGAGCUCAAGGCCUUCAAGAAGAAGAAGGGCAAGCAGUAAGACGCUUGUUUUCUGUAAGAUCCUCUAUUGAAUAACUAUAUACCUACUGCACUUGCGAUA